UUCUGUUGAAGAGAUGUCAGGCGGUAAGAACGUAGAAGGCGAUUCCUCUACGGCAUUCCGCUCUUCACAUUUCUGGUCGUCAGCUCUACGCGCCAAGCCAUUACCUCCUCAUUCAGAGAUCUCCGUCCAAACGGUUUCCGGAGAUGGCCUCGUUCGCCGGCUCGGCCUAUUCGAGCUCCUUCUCAUCGGCAUCGGCGCUUCGAUCGGCGCCGGAAUCUUUGUCGUCACUGGUACAGUUGCUCGUGAUGUCGGACCCGGAGUCACAAUCAGUUUUCUGCUUGCCGGAGCAUCUUGUGUCCUCAAUGCCCUCUGUUAUGCUGAAUUAGCUUCUCGCUUGCCCGCUGUAGUUGGGGGAGCAUACUUGUAUACAUACACAGCUUUCAAUGAGCUUACAGCUUUUCUUGUGUUUGGGCAGUUGAUGCUUGAUUAUCAUAUUGGUGCAGCUAGCAUAGCAAGAAGUCUGGCAAGUUAUGUUGUGGCUAUACUUGAACUUUUUCCUGUUUUCAAGGAUAACACUCCAAGCUGGAUUGGACAUGGGGGACAGGAAUUCUUGGGUGUUUUCUCAAUCAAUAUUUUAGCUCCAAUUCUUCUGUUGCUUCUCACUAUAGUUCUUUGUUGGGGUGUUGGGGAAUCUUCUGUUUUGAAUUCGGUCAUGACUACAACUAAGAUAUUGAUUGUUAUUUUCAUCAUAUGUGUUGGAACUUUUGAAGUCGAUGUUUCCAAUUGGUCUCCUCUUGCUCCAAAUGGUAUCAAAUCAAUAUUAACAGGAUCAACUGUUGUAUUUUUUGCAUAUGUUGGAUUCGAUGCAGUUGCCAACUCAGCUGAAGAAUCUAAAAGACCGCAGCGUGACUUGCCAAUAGGAAUUAUGGGUAGUCUUCUCAUCUGUGCGGCAUUAUAUAUUGGUGUUUGCUUGGUGAUAACGGGAAUGGUGCCUUACAGUUUACUUGAUGAAGAUGCUCCCUUGGCUCAAGCAUUCACGUCCAAGGGCUUGAAGUAUGUAUCUGUGCUUAUUAGUGUUGGGGCUGUUGCUGGACUUACUACCACCCUUCUUGUUGGCCUCUAUGUUCAGUCACGUUUAUAUCUUGGUCUUGGAAGGGAUGGUUUAUUGCCUCCGAUAUUUGCUAAGGUACACCGCACACGCCACACCCCCAUUCACUCUCAAGUUUGGGUUGGCAUUAUUGCUAGUGUUUUGGCAGGACUGUUCAAUGUGCACGUGCUCUCCCACAUUCUUUCAGUUGGUGCAUUGACAGGUUACUCUGUUGUUGCAGCAUGUCUGGUGUCUCUACGCUGGAGAGACAAGACUGUUCAUAAUCUUUAUGGAAGAUCAAUCUCAAGUCGAGGAGAAGGCAUACUGUGCCUCGUUGUAAUUGCUUUCAGCGGUUUUGCUGCUGGAGUUCUAUAUCGUUUCAAUGCUUCUGUUUUUAGUAUGAUUGUAGCUGCAGUAAUUGGUGCCUUUGCUACUGCUGCCCUUUAUUGGCGACACGUAUACACAAAACCAGCGGGUUUUUCAUGUCCUGGAGUUCCAAUAGUUCCAGCUGUGUGCAUAUUCUUCAACAUGUUUCUUUUUGCUCAGUUACACUAUGAAGCUUGGGUGAGAUUUGUGAUCCUCAACAUAAUUCUUGUGGGAAGUUAUGCUAUGUAUGGACAGUAUCAUGCCAAUCCUGUAAGUUCCGAUGAAAUAAAUAUCAUCUACCAUAGAGCACCUGUAGACGUCAUCUUUUAAUAUUUUAAUUGCGCCUCAAAUCAAUGAAACGAGUCUCUUUGUGCCAUGUUCCCGAUCUUUGGGAUUAAAGGCGACACUCCUCCAGACAUGUAUGUUGUAUCAGAUCAUGUAAGUGUUGUUUAUUUGAUUAUUACUAGAGAUGCAAGUGCAAUUGCAAUUGCAUUAUUAGUAUGUAGAAUAAAACAUAAUUGACCUCUGGGUGAAUAUUAUACAUGGAAACUUGUUCAUUGAUUUUUAGAUAUACUAGCACAUUUGUAUUUUUGUAUAGAAGUGUGUGAUUAUUUGAAAA